AUGACAGGGUUUGGUAAGGGAGGCAAGGGGUUAGGGAAAGGAGGACCCGACAUUCACCGUUUGGCUCGCCGUGGCGGAGUCUAUCAUAUCUCUAGCCUCAUCUACGAGGAGACCAGAGGUGUCCUCAAGAUCUUUCUCGAGAACGUCAUCCGUGACGCCGUCACUUACACCGAGCACGCUUGCAGGAAGACCGUCACUGCCAUGGAAGUCUUUUAUGCUCUCAAGAGGCAGGGAAGGACCCUCUACGGAUUUAGGGGUUGA